CUCCUCAACUAUCGGCAUUGGUCAUCUGAGCUACGGGUGGUAUAAAACAAAAUACAGAUUUAAUUUAUAUUUUGCAUUUAACUGUCAAAAAAUAGCCUUGAUUACUGGUGAUGUCAGAGCUGCGCUCCAAAGUUAUCACUCUCUAUAAGCACUUACAAUUUCUGGGCCGCGACUACCCUGGCCUGAAUGGGCCGCAAAAGUUCCGUAAACAAGUCCACGAUGCGUUCAUAAAGAACAAGGAUGAGCGUGAUCCCAAAAAGAUCGUCGCCCUCCUGGCGCAGGGACGAUACUUGGCCAAGGAGGUGGAGGCGUUGUACUCGCUCAAAAAGUAUCGAAGCGUGAAGCAGCGAUACAGUUACAACGAUUAAAGUGGAAACAUAAAAAUGAAGGACUGAAUCAGAAAGAGAAUAUGAUACAUGCAAAGCUUUUGUUUUUUUAAUACUGUUCGAAAAAAACCAAAACAAAAAAAGCCAAAUGUAUACACACAUACUAAAACCCAACACAGCAAAAAACACACAAUAAUUUGUUGAAUUCGAAUGUCUUGUCAAUGCUUAACUUUAAGUUAUUGUUGAAUAAAAGAGUCAAAGUCAUUGGUUAACCAAGCCAAAAAUAA